AUGCUUGAAGGAGCACACCGUCAAACGUCAACGUUAGAGGUUGAUGGCGCGAUGACUGAAAUGUUGGUAUCUAUACCGUGGGGACAUGGGGAACUUGAACUAGACAGCGGUGAAAGUCUUACCAUCCCAAAACAAGUUCUUCAAGCAAAAAGAAGUCAUGUUAUUGUUCAAUAUAAAUGCCAUUGUGAAGAAUUGAACUUCACACCGCUGAGGGAUCGAAAAUUAUUUUAUAUUCUCGAAAAUCUGAACGCAUCCGAACAAAAAGCUCUGUCCGGUUUAGACGAUUUUGCUGUAGCAGCGCGAGACGCCUGGGAAAAAUUAGAAUUUAUUUGUCAAAAGUUCCUCAUAUCGUCAGCCGAACGUAAGAGACUGAUUAGUCGAAUCAAAAAAUCUAGUCAGUAUCUCAAGAGUCGUUUUCGAAUUCACUGUUCUGUCGACCCAAUCGCUAGUCAUUGCACUGUAUAUUGUUUGAGUCAAGAAACUAAGGAUAAGCCAGAAUGCAGCCAUGAUCACACUCUCGUCUGCGAAGUUUGCGUCGCUCUCGCACAAUUGCUCGAUGGUAUUGAAGAAAAUAUUACCAUCUUAACUGAUAAAGAAAUUAAAGACGAAUUGACGUAUGAUUUUGAACAGUCACGCGAUGUUGUUGUUGAGCAAUCGCGACAUAUAGUUCAUUCAGUCCAGCAAAAUAUCGCCAAAGCAAAUGAUAUUAAAAAUUUGUCAGAUGAUUCUGCCUAUAUGACUAUAGAUUGGGCUCAAAAAAUACUACGUAUAGAGCAUAGAGAAGGGCAAUCAAAAUAUUUUGGCAAAAAAGGCAUGUUUGUACUUGUUGGAUCAUUCACGAUGAUUAACCCAGAAAUGGCAGACAGCUGUAAAACGAAAACAUACAUGUUAGCUCUCCCACGAUGUCCCCAAACCGAGUUGGAUACAUUAUCCGGCGGUCAUCUAAUAGCAACGGAAUUUGCGAAACGUCACCCACAAAUCAAAAAACUGUUAAAAAGAUCAGGCAAUACGUGUGUUCUUGGUGGACAUGCGAUGCCUGAAUCCGAAAGAAUCCUACAUAGCAAAACUGGACUCGAAUUACUUGUGCGAGAUUAUUUGGAGGUCCAGUCAGGCAAGGAUGUGUGCGAUCGUAUGACCGACAGUGCAAAGAUGCGAUGCAAAGCAUCUGGUAUCGGGGAUAGAUUAUUUAUUCCGUAUUCUAAUCCAUCAGUCAAACCAAAUAUGAAGCUUAUCAAACCGUUUGAACCGGCGCCCACAACUAUAAGCCGACGAUUAAACGACAAUAAACGGAGAUCAGAACCACGAAAAGACCGUCAAUAUAAUAUUUAUUACUUUUGCCCGGUUGAUAAUUGUACGAAAGUGUUUCAGUCUAAAAAUGAACUGCUUGACACACAAAUCUAUCAACACUGA